GGAGGAGCGCUCCAUGCAGUUAAAACUGAACCGCGAAGAUCCGAAGACAGCUCUGCGGCCCUUUCGGCGUGGUUCGGUUUCUUCGCUCUCUGCAGUCGGACUCUGCCUGUUUCUUCAUUGAAGAUAUCGGCAUCCGCUCUCACGCCUGGAUAAUCGGUGGCUCAGCUGGUGGCGUUCCCGUGUUCGUGCACCAACUGUUGACGCUGUCAAGCGAAAGUUCAACUCCACUUGAGAGCCACUGGAAUUUUCAUAUUUACGGAAAGCUGGCUUCUUGCGACGAUGUCUUGUUGCGCCAGUGUCUUGAAUUACUGUGCUUCGUAGGUAGUUUCAUUUCAGAACCAACGUUUAUCUUCUUUUUUAGAUUAAUGACGGUGCCUUAACUGUUACUCCGCCUUGUUCCUGCAAAAAGCGUGCAGCGCUGCGACAGAUAACUUCGUCUUGCACGUUCGUCUUUGACCUUCUAAUGCGCGCUUGUGCGGGAUGCACCGAACAAGAGGCUAUCCGUCGUGGUGGACGAAACAUGUAGCCAGACGCGGUCUACUUCGGUGAACGAUCAGUGAGUGCGUACGUGUGGCUGAUUUUGAGUGUCACUAACGACGCAGUGUGACCAGAAGAAAGCUUCUUCAGGAACACGGAGGGAUGCUGGGAUAACGGGAGCCUGAAGCCGGAACUCGCUUGAGGCUACUUCAAUGGACGCCACUUGUCGGGAUCAGCUGCUGGGCGGGCUCGAUUCAACGCUGCCUCCAAGCGAGCCACCGGGGAACUGCACCGGUUUACAAGGAUUGCCCAACGACAGCUGCUGUUCGUCAUCGCUGGAGGAGCCGGGAGAUGGCUGGAUAUUCGACCGUUUCGAUGUCAAGGUCAUACUUGUGAUCGCGUACAGUAUGGUCUUCUGCUGCUGCUUUUUCGGCAACCUGCUGGUCAUCGGAGUGGUGAUCAUGAACCGGCGCAUGCGCACAACGACCAACUUCUUUCUGACCAAUCUGGCGGUGGCCGACCUGUGCGUGGCCAUGUUCUGCGUGUACCAGAACCUCUUCUUCUACCUCACUCCACAGUGGGUGCUCGGUGACUUCCUGUGCCGGAUGUACUUUUUUGUGCACGGACUCAGCUACACCGCGUCCAUUCUCAUACUCACUGUAAUCUGCGCCGAGAGGUAUCUGGCUAUCGUGCAUCCCAUGUGGAACAAGCAGGUGGUGACCAUGACGCGGCUGCGCGUGACCAUCGUGACGGUGUGGUUCGUGAGUGCGGCCUACUGCAGUCCACGAAUUGUGAUGUACGGCACCGUGGAAGCGAUGGUGGACGACAAGCGCGAAGCCCUGUGCGUGCUCCAGAGGGCGCUCUACGACUCCAAGACGUACGACCUUGUAAAUUUCGUCGUCUGCUUCCUGGUGCCACUGAUCAUCAUCAGCGUCCUGUACGCCAUCAUCUGUUACCAGCUAUGGCACAGUCAAGCCAUCGUCUCUCAACCGCAGAACCACAUCGCCGCCCACCCGAACCACCAGCUCGUCUUGAGCUCUCCGAUGUGCCACCAAAAGUCCCAGUCGCAGCUAACGCCACCACCAGCGCACAGGCGGUCUUCUUCAGAAGACGACUCCGAGGUAUCGCCUUCUGCCAGCUUGAAGGUAGAGUACGCUCAAACUUUCGUAACCACGUCCAGCACUGCUAAGGAGCCUUGUUCCACGACGACAGUCGCGCUGUCCACACCCUACACAAGUUCUGCUCAUAAGAUCGCCGAUGACAACCAACUGAGCAGAGUGAGCUCUGGCUGCAACCGCUGCGGAAGCGUGGAAGCUCCCGCGACGCGUAAGACCCCCGUCAAGACGUUUUAUUACGCCAACAGCGCAGCGGCAUCGGCGCUGAGGCCGCGGCGGAAAGUCAUUCGCCUCCUGGUGGCCGUCGUCUUCAGCUUCGCCCUGUGCAACCUGCCUUUUCACGCGCGCAAACUCUGGCAACACUGGUCGAAGGAGUACAACGGCUCCAGUCCCGGAGCCGCCAUCUUGACCGUUGUGACGAACCUGGUACUGUACCUGAACUCGGGGAUCAACCCGUUUCUCUACGCUUUGUUCUCCAAGAACUUCCGGCAGUGUAUGGCCGACGUGUUGCUCUGCAGGAACCACAGGUUCCGCUCGAAGAGCCGUUCUUCGUUCCUCGCCAUGUCCAAGUCGCUCAAUUCUCACGUGAGCCAGGGAACGCCCCAGGCUGCCCAUCUGGUUCACGGUAGCCAUCGGCAAGCGAUGCAGCAACAACACUUGUGACUGCCGCGACAACCUCUUUGAGCCAGUGUUCCGAAGGUUCGGAUCGCUCUUACUUUUGACCAAUGUGCUGCGUGACACUUGUUGAUCGUGUGCUGGCUCAAUUCUUCCUUUGGAGCAUAUCGAAUAUUUUGCAUUUUUGACGUAACAUCCGGUAUGAUAAAUUAGUUCUGCGGAUUCUCGCAAAAUGGAGUAAGUUCCAUGAAACGAAAAAAAAAAAUAUGCCGUGCACUCUUUCGUGGCGCGAAGCUACACGUAAAACUCAUGUGGAUUUUCUUGUCAUUGUCACGUCGACACUAUCAAUGCAGUGUGGACGGUUAAGUGGUUCGGUAAUCUUAAGAUCAACAGCGCAAAACAGUCUGCUACCAGCGUGUUGGUCUGGCAUUCAUGGACGCAUAAACCACGUUAUAUAUGUUGGUGUGUUCAUAUGACCGGGUCGCGAUUCUGCGUUACAGUGUGUAGUCGUGCUCACGCAAAUUUUUAUCUCUCAGGGGUAUAAUAUGUGGUCGACAUCGGUGAUAAAAACCAAAGUUGAUGUUCGCGUAUUUAUGUCACACGAAUGUUAACUCUUACGAGUUCUAUAGUCACUAUGUUUUAUCGGCGUGAAUUGUUCUCAAGAACGGAAACGUCCAAUUCCUGCUCAGAUAUAGGUUUACAAUUCCGACAGUGACUCGCGUUCUGUUCUAGUUAUUUUUUUAGAAAGUAGGCACUGCUCACGGCUAUUUUCCAUAUAUUGUGAAUGUGUACCGACAUUUGAAGUUAGAGCUGAUGAGCUGACGUUUCCAUUGAAAUACAGUGCUCGUAAAUUUCAUAUUUCGUCCGCGCAGUGUUUUUAGUUUGUUUGGUAAGCGACUGCUUACGUCACCAAAUGCGAAGUCCCGGUUUCUGCUCAUAAUGAAGUGCUGCUACCUUAAGGCAACUGUUUACGAUGUCGUGUUGAUGUAUGUACAUGUCAAAUGGUAAUGAUACGGGUGCUACUCUGUCGCUUGAAAUGUCCAGUUCUGAAACACUGAAACGUGGAACACUUUCGAAGCACUGAAGAUAAGUCACGCAUGUUGCGAUGACAGCACUUAGUUUCAGUGUUGUAGGACAUUUCAAUAACGCUAAGGCGGUCAGCUUGGAGUUGCGUGUUUCACUUCAAAACAUUGAGUAGCUGACUUACUGCACUGUUAGAAAAAAACCCAGAGGUUUGAGAAUUUUCUGUACAUAAGCGCUCAGAGUGACCGAUGUCCUUAUUUACAUAAAUGUGCGUGUGUUUUUACUGAUGUCACCAUGGUCUUUGCCGAUUGUUGUUGGCUAACGCACCAACACGGAGAGAUAUACUUGCACUUCAACACCUCGGGGUCACGUGACCUGAUCAGAAACGUCACAUAUGGCGUCAUACCACCGCCGCACAAUUUGAGAGAAAGGCGAAGUUCUGCCUGGCGUCGCAUAAGUAUAGCCAUUUUGCAAGUGUCAGUGGUUGGCACGUGUCAAUGGUGUCGCCAGUAACCUACGCCGUGCCGCUUCGCGGUUCUUACUGUAUCGCAGUAGCGUGCAAAAUGGGCUAGUUGGUUAAUCUUCGUGGUAAAAAGCGGCGCAAAAAGACGACAACACAGAAGAAGAGCGACACAGGAUAGGAUCUGAACUAACUGUCGGGUUUAUUACAUAGCAUUCCUAUUGCUCGCGCAUCCGCACAUUACAGAUAUUUCUCACAUUUUUCGAGGACGCUGAUUUCACAGUCAUGGAGAUAAUUUUUAUGAUUUCACGCGUUAUUUUAUCCACGUGCCUAAAUAUGACAUGCCUGCUAUGUUCUUUACAACCACAUGCGCGACAACUGAGUAAAUUUCCGUGACGGAAAUACGUCACUGAAGUCUUGGUGGACCCCGGCAUAAAACACUUGUUAAAAAAAGCGGCAGUGAAUUCACUGCAGCGUGCGGGAUUGCACCACAAGUAAGAAGCGUUCGCACAAGGUCUUCGUCCUCAAAAGUAGGUGUGUCAUUUAUGUUGUUGUGCUGCCAUACCUUCUUCUCAAGGGAGGCCCCAGUCUGUCCAAUAUUUAUUUUGCAGCAAUUCAGCACCUGUUCUGUGCCGUUCUUCUCGUGUUGCAGUCUUUUUGCUCUGCUCUUACCAUCACUCUUUCGCCGGCAUAACUACUGCAAGGCCAGGGUCGACAGUGACGUGCCGCUCUAUCACUGACGUCAUACGUGACGUUUCUGCUCAGGUCACGUGACGCUCUUGAGUUGCAAAGAGACUCGCUCGCAGCAGCGAAGAUUCUGCGAAGGUUUCAUAAUUUGCCAGCGUGCCGUGUGUCCACACGUGAUGUUGCAACU